GCCGGCUCGCCGCCAAAUUUGAAAUCCUUGAUUCCCGCCUUUUCGUUGGUCGCGUGUGUGGCAUGCAAUUUUAUUUAGGGAACUUGCAAUUAUACCGUACUUACAAUUACUGACCUUUCAUUUUCAAUGCAGUUUGCGAUCAUACAGUGUGAGGCAUCUUUUGAGCAAAAAUGUCCAACGUACGAGACAGUGACACAUCACUGUGGCUUUACAACAAGCUGGGGACGUCAAAUGAAACUUGGAUUGGCGGGUCCAUCUGUUCUCAAUUAAAUGCAACUGUAUUGCGAAACAUUCAGGAAUGUUUCAUGGAGCUCCAGACUCAGGUGAAGCUGAAACUGCUGCUGACAUUUUUACAUAUCCCACGAAAACACAUCGAAGAGUGGCGCCCGGAGAUGGAGGGGGUGCUGGCGACUGCCGUCCGUGACUCGGAUCAAUGGGUCUCCAUGUUGGCGGAAAUGCUGCAAACCUUCCCAGCCACGGGAAGUUUGAACACGGACAUCGGACAGGUGGAAGAAAAUAAAAACAUCUUCCGGGAUCUCGUCGCCGACCUAAAAGAGCUAUUGAACGGAGACCUGGACCUGAACCUUCUUCCACUGGAGCACCACUAUUUAAACAAGACGGCGUUCAGCGAGGUCGCGCCGGAGCGCCACUUCCAGCUGCGCCGCCAGCCGCGGGCAGUCGCGCUCCGCGCCGACCUGCUGCGCCGGGCAGACGAGGCGGCGGCGCAGCUGGCGCGCCACGCCGCCGCCGCCGCCGCCGUACCGGUCCGCUCGCGCUCGGCGCCGCGCCGACCCGACACCGCCGGGCUGCUGCGGACGCCGUCCCGACUGCCGCUCGGCGACGGCGAGGGACGCCGCUCGCUGCCCUCGCUCGGGCUUCUACCGCACCAGACUCGAACGGUCAAACUGCUGGACAUCUCCGAACAGCCGGCCUCGCACGGAAAGCGCCGCAGGAAGGCCUCAGCUGAGAGUGGGACGUCCUCACGCGGCGGCGGGCCGGAGGAAGGGGAAGCUGCCCAGGAGGAGACAGUCGCGCCCACACCAGACUACGCCGCCGGUUUGCAGUGCACGCCGACUCCGGCUCCGGCCGCUACGGUCCCAGCCCCGGCGGCGCGCGGCCCGGUUACAGGGGUGGCGAGGCCGCCCUGUGUGGACCCACAGCCUGCCGCGGUCUCCACACUCGGACCCAGCGUCAGCGCGGCCCCGUACCGUCCCGGCCCGUCCAUGUACGCUCCGCAGCCGCCGGCGCAGCGGCCGGCCCGUCCUGCCGCGGGGUGUCCCGGCUCACAUCUGGAGCAGCUGCUGUUUCGGCGGGUGAUGGGCGCUGACACGGGUCACGCGCCGCAGCCAGUGGCGCCUCCGCCGCCGCCGCCGCCGUGUGCGCCCCAGCCGCCGCCGGCGGCAAAUGAGUCGGAGCUGCACGGUUCGGGGGCCGGUCAGCAGGCGGCCGCCGCCGCCCGGCCGCCGCUGACGCUGACCCGGGAGCAGAUGCUCGAGGCGCAGGAGAUGUUCAGCACGGCCAACACGGCCACCCGGCCGGAGAAGGCGCUCAUCCUGGGCUUCAUCGCCGGCUCCAGGGAGAACCCGUGUCCGCACCUGGGAGACGUGGUCACCAUCAAACUGUCCGAGUCGGUCGAGCGGCUGGCGGUCGCCGACGCCGGCCAGAGCGCCGCCGUCCUGGCCGAGACACACUUCCAGAUGAACUACGUCACCGGCGAGUGGAAGCGCAUCAAAAAGUUCCGCCGCCUGGCCAGCUGAGCGGUGUGACCGGAUCGGGGCCGCGGUCGGCAGAGCCGAGCGCCGGGGCGCGCGGCACGCCGCCGUCAGCGAGGACCGAACCCUUUCCACUUUCCGAGUGUUGCUGUCGCUUGCUCCAUUUGAUUUUAGCCUGCGACCGCUUUGCGUAUGACUCGGCGAUGUUACAUUUGUUCAACGACUACUGGUCAUAAACAUAGAUGAUUCAACAA